CAAAGUUUCAACUUCAAGGAGGGCAAACUACUAACAACAACAAACCAACCACAACAACAACAACAUCAAACUACUUAAAGACGUAUAACGAGACAUGAAGAUAGCAGGACACCCAUCUCAUCAUCGAGAAAGAGAAUGACAAUCAACAACAACAACAACCGAGACAUCCAAAACCAGAAUCAGAAACCAGAAACUACUAUGACGACCACCUCCUCCGACUCAGACCAGAACAAGAACUGUACUCCAAAACUAUUCAAAAAUAAUAAAUCAGUUCACAUCUCAAUCGAUCCUAAUAAACCUUCGAGAGGUAGAGGAUUAUUCAUCAAGAAACAGCUCAACUCGAAAAUCAAACCAGGCACCACACUACUCUCUCUGGUCCCUCAUGUGGCCGUACUCGAUACCUCAUCCCUAUCAUCAAGAUGCUCCUGUUGCUUCUUAGAGAAACAAGACUUCGAACUGGACAAUCCAUCCACUCCAUCCAAUCGGACGAUACGAAGGUGUGGGAAAUGCAAGGUCAUAGCCUACUGUGGUUCGAACUGCCAACAACUGGAUUGGGCAUCCCAUAAACCCGAAUGUACGGCCUUGGUAAACUAUGCAAAACUAGCAGAAGAAGCCAUCAAGGCCAAUCAGAAAUCCAAAUCAAGAAGUAGUCCUGGCGGGAUUGGCUUGAAGGAUUCCUUCGGACUGGGUGGAGACGAACCGGAUAACGAUCCACAGACGAUCUCACGCAUCCCAAGUGCGACGGUCAGAGCCCUAGGUAGACUGAUUUGGAAGAAACGCAAGGAAGAAAAACUUAACCCGGAUUGGUGGACAGGACUGAGCGAGCUUCAACACCACUUGAACGAAUACAAUUCAACCCAAAAAGAAUCACUCAUGCAGCUCAGUGUCACCCUCAGCCGAUACGUAGGAAAUCAGGAAUUACUGGCAGUCUUUGAAUCUGCUUCAGCCUUGCUACCAUUAUGCUCACGGUUCAUCGAUAAUUCUUUCACACUCACCUCGAUCAUUCUCGAUCAAAUCGGGGUCGUCUUCGUUCCCUCAGCCGCCUUCAUCAACCAUUCCUGCAAUCCCAAUGCAGUCGUUGUGUUUCCCGAGGGAGGAGAGGGAGCUGGUAGCACGGCGGGGAAAGAAUGGGUGAAAGUGAUUGCGAUCAAGCCCAUUGAACCUGGAGAAGAGAUUGUCACGUCUUACAUCGAUUCAGCUGGGACCCGUCAGGAACGUCGGAAUGAACUCGUGAAGCGAUACAAGUUCGUCUGUGACUGUCAGGCGUGUCAAUCCGAUUGGAACGAUCAGCAAGUCGAUCCAAGGGAAGCGCUCAAAUGUCCCAAAUGUACCAACUGGUUUUCUAUUGGUCCCAAAAGACCAGAUGGGGCGGAUUCCAGUAAUAUCUCUUCACCAGCUUUCGAGAUGUCAUCGCCCAGUAGUAGUCGUCCAGAUGCCGGUCCAUCUUCUUCGAAACGGGCCGUCAGAAAGGAGAUCGCUUGUCCUCAUUGUGGAUUCUCUCGAUUGAUUGAUGUGGAGGGACAGCGGUCUGCAAUCAAAAAAUCUGGUAAAGCUUUGGAUCCUGCAAAGGAGCCAGCCAAAGCGGCUUAUUAUGCAGAAAAAGCUAUGGAAUGGUUCCAAAGUAAACUCUCGCCGUUCACAUUUGGGUCAGGAUUUUAUCCGAUUCUAGAUCUACGGCGGAUGCGGAUGGCGAGUUAUCUGAUGCGACCGCAGAAGAGCAACCUAAGCCAAGCGACGAGCGAUGUGCAACAGAUCUUGGGGGGAGUCCACGAGAUCUACGGGGUCGGGCAUCCGAGCAGCGUGGUGACACGGUCGGUGAUUGCCCAGGUGUAUGGACAUCUGUGCGCGUCGACGGUCGAGGCCGAGGCCAAGCCGGCCAAUGCGCGUCAGAUCUCAGUCGAGCUCCAGCUCUUCGAGAACCUGAGGGCUUAUCAGGCCGCCGCUUUGGACGAGGCCCGGAUCGGAUUCGGCGCGGCUCAUGGCGGAGGAAGACUCGGUCGGUCGAUCGCAAGGUCGAUCGAACUCACCGAACGCGAAAUCAUCGCGCUCAGAAGACUCCUGCAAUCCUCUACCUCGUAAAAAAACCCCCCACCGUUUACCUUCUUUUACUCUUUCAUACUUUUUUUUUAUUGGUCGAUAGGAUCGACUUGGUUCACAAAAUGAAGAAGAAGAAGAAAAUCAACUCGGUUUCUU